UAAUUUUCCCCCGUACGUGUAACUUCUUUCCGGAGCUUCGCCUCACUCGUGCCUGUGUUUUUUCUGAUUUCUUUCAUUUUCCCAUUGUUCAGAAUCCGUGUGUCGGGCGGCCGCGUCACGAUGGGAAUGAUCCGAAUCGGUGCGACGAGGAAAAAACAGAGUCCGGUUUUGGUGGUUGGAAUACUAGUGCUUGCUCUGUUUUUGGAGGCGGCAGAUGCAGAGUACCGGCGUUACAGAGAUCCAACGAAACCGAUGGGGGGCCGGAUCAGGGACUUGAUGGGGCGGAUGACAUUGCAGGAAAAGAUCGGCCAGAUGGUUCAGAUUGAUCGCAAGUCGCUUCAGCUGACGUCGUGAAAAACUACUUCAUCGGAAGUAUAUUGAGCGGAGGAGGAAGCGUCCGGGCCAGAAAGCUUCGCCGGAGGAAUGGAUCAAGAUGGUCAACGAGUACCAAAGCGGCGCCAUGUCGACCAGGCUAGGGAUUCCGUUGAUUUACGGGAUCGACGCCGUUCAUGGUCACAACAAUGUGUACAAUGCCACCAUUUUCCCUCACAACAUCGGCCUCGGAGCUACCAGGUGACUGAGUGAUCAGUUUUCAAUUUCAUCACUCCGAUCCCCCCUUCCUUUUAUUAUUUGUGGCGGCGCGUGAUGAGCUGGAUGAUUGUUUUGGACAGAGAGCCAGCGCUGGUAAAGAAGAUAGGAGCAGCGACGGCGCUGGAAAUGAGAGCCACCGGAAUUCCUUACGCUUUUGCGCCCUGUAUCGCGGUGUGCAGAGAUCCGAGAUGGGGGCGGUGCUACGAGAGCUACAGCGAGGAUUCGGAGAUAGUGAAAGCAAUGACGGAGCUAAUCCCAGGCCUGCAAGGAGAUGUUCCUGCUGACGCCCGCAAGGGAGUCCCUUAUGUUGCUGGAAAGAGGAAAGUGGCAGCGUGCGCAAAGCACUUUGUGGGCGACGGCGGGACGGUGAAGGGGAUCAACGAGAACAACACCAUCAUCGACUGGAACGGCCUGAGAAGGAUCCACAUGCCUGCCUAUUUCGCCUCCAUCGUCAAAGGUGUCUCCACCGUCAUGGUCUCUUACUCCAGUUGGAACGGCGUCCGGAUGCACGCCAACCGUAACCUCGUCACCUCCUACCUCAAGGACACUCUCAAGUUCAGGGGGUUUGUGAUCUCUGACUGGCAAGGAAUCGACAGGCUCACCGACCCGCCACACGCCAACUACACUUACUCCGUAGAAAAAGCAGUUGCUGCUGGACUUGACAUGGUGAUGGUUCCACUAAACUACACGGAGUUCAUCGAUGACCUAACCCUACUGGUGAACAAAGGGUGAUACCGAUGAGCCGGAUCGACGACGCCGUACGGAGAAUCCUGAGAGUUAAGUUCGUGUUGGGCCUGUUUGACAACCCAAUGGCUGACGAUAGCAUGGUCAAUGAGCUUGGCAAGCAAGAGCAUAGAGAACUGGCGAGAGAAGCAGUGAGGAAAUCGCUUGUGCUGUUGAAGAACGGCAAAGACGGUACUAGUAUCCUGCCACUCCCUAAGAAGGCUCCCAAGAUACUGGUCGCAGGCUACCACGCUCACAAUCUUGGCUACCAGUGUGGUGGAUGGACCAUCGAAUGGGAAGGAUUCAGUGGCAACGAUAGAACCCCUGGAACGACAAUCCUGACAGCCAUAAAAGCCGCAGUGGUCGACCACCAAAGUCACGUACGAGGAAGCCCCAACAGCAGACUACGUGAAGGCCAACGACUUCUCCUACGCCAUUGUGGUAGUGGGAGAGCAUCCCUAUGUGGAAACGGGAGGAGACAACCUCAACCUGACCAUACCGGAUCCCGGCCCAGCCACCAUUCGGAAUGUCUGCGGAUCGGUGAAAUGGCGUCGUCGUUUUGAUCUCCGAGCCGUCCGCUGGUGAUCGAGCCGUACGUUGACUCCAUGGACGGCCUCGUGGCGGCUUGGCUCCCCGGCACCGAAGGUCGAGGCGUGACUGAUGUGUUGUUUGGUGACUAUGGCUUCACUGGGAAGCUUCCGAGGACGUGGUUUAGGAGAGUGGAUCAGCUGCCUAUGAAUGUUGGGGAUAAACAUUAUGACCCGCUCUUCCCCUUUGGAUUUGGACUCACCACUGAACCGGUGAAGGGGAAAUUAAGAGUCCCAGUGUCGGAGCAAGGAGAAUGGUGGCGGCUCUUGAGAGAGGUGUCGGCGGGCUUCGCAUUUGGGAUCCAGGGUUGUUUGUUGUGCAGAGCGUGGCUUCAAGGGGUGCUACAAACGGCGUCAAUGAGGCAGUGGAGGUUUCCUACAGGGUGUGUGAAGGAAGAGCGUUCUGCGCUCGAUCCAUAUCGGGAAGAGGUUUGGGAAGAAGGGGUGUGCAGUUGCAAAUCUCUGAGCAGAGUCCGAGCGGGCGACUUUUCAAGGUCCUCAUCCCAGCGCAGGAAGAUCGAAAGGCUGGCAGGUGUUAUCGCCCUCGUCCAAGAGUUCUAUCAUGACGAGCAUCAACUGCGUGUCGAUAUGUUUGAGACUUUGGGGUCAGCGACUGAUCUGCCUGAGGCCCCGCUACAUCCAAAUCUUAAUACUCUGCGAAAAUCUUAUGCAGAUGUUGUCAGAGGUGGGGGCUUCUAUGGAGUUGGUAGUUGCUCUAUUGUACAGGAUUCAAGUGGAAUUUUUAUUAGAGUGGGUCAGAAGGAGUCUCGGAAAGGUCCGGUGAUUGCAAAGGGAUCUACAUCAUCUUCAAUCCCCCUGGUUUAUGAAGAUCAAUGGUUCACCGUGGAUGUUAAAGUUUUGCCGGCGUCUCUGUCGGGAGGGAGGCGCGAGUCGGAGCAAGGGAAGAGAGGGGAGAAGUCGAAAGGUCAUGAGGAUUUUCGGGUUUCUCAAAGCACGGGUAGCUCCCAAAGCCAGUUUGUCUCGCGAGUUUCUAUGAGGAAUUUGAAGCGUCGUACUUUGAGGGCGGGUCGCCCAUCUUUAGAGGGAUCUUCGAGCAUGCAUGGGGGCGUACAGGGAGGCUCAAACACUAUUAGGGUUGGAGAUCUCUCAGGACGGGUUAAGAAGGUGUGGGUUAGGAAAUUUGGGCCGCUACUCAGGCCCACCCCUCCAGAGUCGGUCGACAGGUUCGUCGAGCCUGCGUCUAUUUCUGCUGGGCCGGGUUUAAUUAUCUAUAGCAAUGGGUCCGCUUCUGGGCCCAUGCCUGGUAGUUUGUCGAUGGGCUUGUGCGAUUCCCUGCCGUUCUCAGGCAUAUCGGUGGUGUUUCACUGUCCUUCUCCAGGUGUUAUUCAAAUCUAUUUUGAAGAGGAUUCUUCCCCCUCUAGUCGUGUUGAGAUGUUGGAGGGCAGUCAGGGGGCGGCAGAGGGUUCUCCUCCGGAGUCCCUGCGGAAUGUUGCGGAGUCGCUCUCCCCUUUGCAAUCGGACCGUGAG